UACUCAUUGUUAGUGUUUUUUUUUUUGCAGCGCGAGUGUAUUUCAGUCCACGUUGGCCAAGCCGGAGUUCAGAUUGGAAAUGCUUGUUGGGAGUUGUACUGCUUGGAGCAUGGAAUUCAGCCUGAUGGUCAGAUGCCGAGCGACAAAACCAUCGGCGGUGGAGAUGAUUCUUUCAACACGUUCUUCGCUGAAACCGGUGCAGGAAAACACGUACCACGCGCAGUGUUCGUCGAUCUGGAACCAACCGUUGUUGGUAAGAAUUUUUUAUAAAAGAAGUCUUACAUGUAUAAAGAAGAGGAUUUCCUUCAAAUGGGUGGCGUUGUCUCGGAACUACCCAUGAAUAAGUUAUUCUCCAGGUACAAUUGCUAAUCCUCGCAGUGUUGUACACAAGUUGAUUCAGCUGUCACCAAUAAGCAUCUAAUGACGCAGUGAAGUGUAAAAAGGUUUUGUGAUCAGAAAGCUGCUUUUCGCACCUAUAGUUUUAUGCUUUCAUUUAAGAUAAUUGGCUUUCAGUUUAUAGCACAACUCACAAUACAGCUUAUAACUGAAGGAAGCCAUUGCCACAUUUUCAAAAAUAAUGUCUCGCAUGAUUGAAAGAAAUGAUUAUCUGUUCACUAUCAGCCUACUCGCAAAAACUAACACUCAAACGCUAGAGGCUCCCCACUCAGAAGUGUUUCUUUUCUCUUUAAUUAAGACCAUAAUUUUUUUUCCUUUCUGCAGAUGAAGUCCGCACAGGCACCUACAGACAGCUGUUUCACCCAGAACAGUUGAUAACCGGCAAAGAAGAUGCCGCUAACAACUAUGCUCGUGGGCACUACACUGUUGGAAAGGAAAUGAUCGAUCAGGUUCUGGACAAGCUGAGAAAAUUGGUAAGAGUGACGUUCAUGUGCUGUUUCAGUAAUUCUUAAAGUUCGUUUUAGUUAAAGGCGGUAGGGCAUAUUACAGACCAUCUGCGCUUGGGAAAACGAAGGAUCAACAAGGUCGGAGAGCAGGGACCCGAGAGACUGGGCUCGAGUCUUCCCAGGCCUUUUGCUUUGUUUCCCCGUUGACUCCUCUGUAUUUAAUUUCGAGAACCCUGUACACUCAGACUAUCCGCACCUUCAAACUGACGAGACGGGCUAGUGAUUAUUACUAGUAAAUAAAAAUGCAUGUAAAAAACACCAUUAGCCGGCUUUAGUAACUGUCAAUCCAAUAACGGAACUGAAUGUUUCACUGCGGAUAUAACUAUGCCUAUGUAGGAACGUGUAGGAACAUGCUGCUAAUCAGUUAGGAAAAAAUAAUUCCAUUAACUUAAGGCUAACUGGCGUUAACAUUUUCCUGGCGUGGCUUUGUGGUUCAUUUAUCUUUGGUCAUUCAUUACCAUCCACGACAUCCAGUGCAAUGAUAAUCAAAAUCUAUAAACCAAGGACAAAAUUGAAAUAUGACAUGUUCAAGAAACUCACUUUCUUUUACAAGCUAUUUGAUAAAGAACAUGUAAAACAAACAAAAUAAACGGUGGUUUUAAACUUAAUGCGAAUAGUUCAAAGCAUAUAACUGAAAAAGAAAACUGAACGAAUUUUACAAUGUGCAUGUAUAUCCUAGGCUGACCAAUGCACAGGACUGCAAGGUUUCCUUAUCUUCCACUCCUUCGGUGGAGGUACUGGUUCUGGCUUCACAUCUCUUCUCAUGGAACGUCUGUCUGUUGACUAUGGCAAGAAAUCCAAACUGGAGUUCUCUAUCUACCCUGCACCACAAGUUUCAACGGCAGUGGUUGAACCUUACAACUCCAUUUUGACCACUCACACCACCUUGGAACAUUCUGACUGUGCCUUUAUGGUGGAUAAUGAAGCUAUUUAUGACAUCUGUCGUCGUAACUUGGACAUAGAAAGACCAACUUACACCAACCUGAACCGUCUGAUUGGUCAGAUCGUGUCUUCCAUCACUGCUUCACUACGCUUUGAUGGUGCACUGAAUGUCGACUUGACUGAGUUCCAGGUAGGAUAUCAACAACGUACCUGCCGAACCACCCUUCAUAUAUCCACGCGUUGUAAUCUAAAUGAGUUGGUAGGAAAUGCGUGAAAAGCUAUCAAGAUUCCAUGGUAGUUUACUAGUGACGAGGUAUUAUCAGUAACGAUUGGGCUGGAGCCUUUGUUACGUACGUGUUUUGGCUCGCGGUAUUCUUCAUUCAUUUACCCCCUUUGUUUAAAUGUUUCUAUUUGGAUGAUAAUAAGUUUAAAGGAUGGACUAAGGAUGGACUGAAUCUCAACCCAGAUAUUCCUGGAAAGACGUAAUUUAACAGCUCUUUAGUGGCGUUAAUAUUAAUGUUAGUAUUUUUGAAAAGUUAUUUGUCUUUUUGACAGACCAACUUGGUUCCUUACCCACGUAUUCACUUUCCAUUGGCCACUUAUGCUCCAGUUAUAUCUGCUGAGAAGGCCUACCAUGAACAGUUGACAGUUGCAGAGAUUACAAACAUGUGUUUUGAACCAGCCAAUCAGAUGGUAAAGUGUGACCCACGUCACGGCAAAUAUAUGGCUUGCUGUCUGCUGUUCCGUGGUGAUGUAGUACCUAAGGACGUGAAUGCAGCUAUAGCAACAAUCAAAACCAAGAGAACCAUUCAGUUUGUGGACUGGUGCCCCACUGGCUUCAAGGUUUGUUGGCUCCUUAGUCUAGCUAUCUUCGCUGCUAGCCUUCCUAGUUUCUUUUAGCUGCAAAAAGUUAAGAAAAUCAACAUUAAAUCAAACAUUUCGAAUUUCAACAAAUGUUUGGAACUGAUUCAUUUUUCAGGUGGGCAUCAACUACCAGCCUCCCACAGUUGUUCCUGGUGGUGACUUGGCCAAGGUUCAGCGUGCUGUCUGUAUGUUGAGUAACACCACAGCUAUUGCUGAGGCCUGGGCCCGUCUGGAUCACAAGUUUGAUCUUAUGUAUGCCAAACGUGCUUUUGUCCACUGGUAUGUGGGUGAGGGUAUGGAAGAAGGAGAGUUCUCUGAGGCUCGUGAAGAUUUGGCUGCUCUGGAGAAGGAUUACGAGGAAGUGGGUGUGGAUUCACAGGAAGCUGGAGAUGAAGACGAAGAAGGAGGAGACGAGUACUAA